AUGGUGACAAAAGGGAGUCAAGUAAAGAUGGUCGCGGAUAAGGGCAAGAACGAGCAAAUCGACACGGAGCUUGUUCUCUCUGUUGAGAAGCUUCAGGAGAUACAAGACGACCUCGAGAAGAUUAACGAAAAGGCAAGCGAUGAGGUCUUGAAAGUGAAGCAAAAGUACAACGAGAUACGAAAACCUGUGUAUGACAAGCGUAAGGAAGUUAUCAAAUCGAUUCCAGACUUUUGGAAUACUGCUUUUUUGAGUCAUCCUGCAUUAGAUAAACUCUUGACAGAAGAAGACCAAAAGAUUAUCAAGUUCUUGAGCUCUCUGGAUGUGGAGGAUGCAAAGGAUGGGAAAUCUGGAUUCUCCAUUACUUUUAACUUCAGUCCCAACCCGUUUUUUGAGAAUUCUAGUCUUACAAAGACGUUUAACUUUCUUAAAGAAGGAACAACGUUUAUCACAGCAACUCCUAUCAGAUGGAGGAUGGGAAAGGGCCUGCUACAUGACUACAUGAAAGGAAACAAACGUACUAUUCCAGAGGAAAGCUUCUUUACUUGGUUUACUAAACAUAAUGAAGAUGAUGGGUAUGGGAUUCGUGAUGAGGUUUCUUAUAUUAUCAAGAAAGAUCUGUGGUCCAACCCUCUCACCUACUUCAACAAUGCUUAUGAAGAGGAUUUUGAUACUGAUGAUGAUGAUGAUGAUGAUGAUGAUGAUGAAGAGGAGGAAGAAGAAGAAGAAGAAGAAGAAGAAGGAGAUGGUGAGGAAUGA